GAGUAUUCAUUCGAGCCAAAGUUCAUUUUGCGUUCAUUUACGACCCGCUCAAACGUCAUAAUUUCUUAGGACUAGGGGAGUUCAUUUUGCGUUAGUCUAUUCACCAGCUCUGUUUAUUUUGGAACGGUAGUCUCUAAAAUGGAAUUGGAUAUGGUUAAUGCAAAGAAUGGAAUGGAUUACUGCGAUACCGAAGAAGAAGAACGAACCAAUUUUUACAACAUUAUUGCCGCUUUCAAAUGUUAUCGAACAAAUUCUUAUGGUCAAAUUAAUCACAAAGAAGCUUACCUGAACUCUUUGCCCGCGAAUCAUCAAGAAAUGUUGUUUAAGUACCGAGACCACCUUCAAAAGAUUCGGUACUGCAUCGAUCAGAACCACAAAGUCAUUAAAAACAUCAUUCAGGACGCCGACUGUUUGUUCCAUAAUGAAACGGAUAAUGUGCGCCAAACCCAGCAGAUCACUGUGCCACCAAAAGUUCGUUUUCAAGACGUUCACAAGGUGCAAAUAACCUUGAAGCAAAUAUUCCGCGAUUGGAGUGCGGAAGGACACAUGGAACGAGAACAAUGCUACAAGCCAAUCAUCGAUGAAAUAACCGAUUUCUUCAAUCCACAUAAAUGUAAAAUAGAAGACGUUAAAGUACUGAUUCCCGGGGCGGGACUAGGCAGGCUCAUUUAUGAAAUAGCCUACAGAGGAUAUUAUUGCGAGGGAAACGAAUUUUCUUUGUUUAUGCUCAUAGCAUCGAACUUCGUAUUAAACAGAUGUGUAAUCGAGAAUCAAUGUACUUUUUACCCUUGGGUCCAUCAAUACGUUAACAAUCUCAGUGGGAGCAAUCAAAUCGAAGCCAUAACCUUUCCCGACGUCAGUCCUACGAAGUUUCCGCCCAAGGGUACAAUGAAUAUGGUGGCAGGCGAUUUUUUACAGGUUUAUCGCGAUGCUGACUACUGGGACUGUGUGGCCACGUGCUUCUUCAUUGACUGUGCCAACAACAUAAUUGAGUUCGUGGAAGUGAUUUACAACAUACUAAAGCCAGGUGGUAUUUGGGUAAACCUAGGACCAUUGCUGUAUCACUUCAGCGAUGUUGCAAGCGAAAACAGCAUAGAACCAUCCUACGAAGAUCUCAUCGUUAUUAUACGUUCCGUAGGUUUUACAAUUGUUAAAAAUAAAACCGAUGUCGUAACCAAAUACGCACAAAAUCCUACCUCUAUGCACCAAAGCGAGUACAAAAGUAUAUAUUUGGUUUGUCAAAAACCGAACCUCUUCGAUUAGGUUACAAGCUUUGGUUGCAGAAUCAAUCU